AGAAGACAGGCUUACAUUCAAUGCUUGUCAGAGGAGAGUACAUGACACUCACAGGCCCAGAGCUGAGAAGACAAAUUGCUGUAAAUCAGCUAGAAGACUCUUACCAACCUCUAACAACUCACUUUAGUGCAGUCACCGAUCUGUAAGGUGCUGAUUUCACUUUGAGAGAGGUCAAAAAGAGAGAUUAGAGAAACAGAAGAGGGCGUGACAGAGAGCCAGCGAGAAGGCAAGCUGCUACUUCAAGGGGAGGAAGAGCAGGCUAUGCACCAGCCAAAGCCAGAGGUCAAGAAAAAAAGAGAAAGGAUAGUGAAAAGGUAGACCUAAAGUGAGAAGGAGGUCAUUUGUGAUCUGAACCAGAGAAGCAAAAAACAGCCUCUCUUUGUUGUGUGGGCCACCUUGUGAGAAGGAGGAUGUGAAGGAGUGCAGGAGGGAGGAAGGGAGGCCACAGCAAGAAAGACAAGAAAAUGCUCUCAGAAAUGAUGUGCAGACGGAGUUGCCAGCAGAUGCAGGAUGGAAAGGAUGCUCUACAGAGGGACCCUGUGAGCCGCAGGAGGCGCGGGUGGUCCAAGAGCUGCAGGGGUCGCCUGCAGGGGCGGAGGGCACUGGGGGGAAGAUGGUCAAGGGGUCGCAAUCACCAAAAUCAGCAACAUCAUCCUCAUCACCACCAUCCCAGACACCUUCAGCGGCCAAUGAUGUCACUGCGGCCCAUUAACAUGAAGGGGAACAGAGUGAGGGGGAUGCGGGCUCCCAAGAACACCAACCAGUUUCUGAUGCACGAGAAGUACCAGAUGCUGCACAUGCGCUCCGACUCCGUGGGCAGUGACAGUGGCUGCAGCUCAGACAGUGACACAGAGCUGACGGACAUGGAUUCCUACCUGGGUGUCUUGGAGAAUGCCAGAGGAGCUCUUCUGGACAGUCCCAACCCAUAUGGCCCGACAACGCCACCAGGGCAGUUCCUGGUACUGCAUGAAAACAGUCUGCAUCUGCAAGGGGACAAUCGCCAACUGCGAGAGGACAGUCUGCAUCUUCAUGAAGACAGCAUGCAGUACUUCCCGUCUGAGGACGAUCUGAUGCAGAGCCAAAAUUUCAUGCAAAGGGACUUUGUGGAGUUCUGUGACAUCUUGACACCCUGAAGGGAAACUUUCAGGAAGCCAUUUUGAUCCCUGUCGUGUAAGACUCAGACUGAACACGGGCAGGUUUGUUUGGCUUUAUGUUCGGUGAAACAAAUACAUGUCAACUUUUUAUAAGCUAUUUAAAAGCUGAAGAAUUCAUCUACAGUUUGUGAGUGUACUGUCAGAUGUGAGUUGAACUCUGGUGUUUGAUAAAAUCUUUUACAGACAAUAUUUUUUUCACCACAUGUUGCAGAUGUCUGCAAGACUGUCAUUUUAGACACAAUAAACAACGUUUUGAGAAAGCACUCAAUAACCUCACUGUGUUUUUAUGUUUAAUAAAAUGUUUUAUCAAGGCAAA